ACCGCCGUCUGGCGUCCAGAAGUUGUUUGCACUCUACCAUGGAAGUUGCAUCUGCCAAAAGGCAGACGCGUGAGUCUGUGAGCAGCUUCAAAAUGGCGACGCAUAUAAGCCGCUCAGGUUCAGCCGGCUGGCCCAAAAGCGCGCCACAGAGUCAGUACGCAGGAAAGUACUUGGGAUCCAAUCCGUCGAACCUACUAAACUUCACAUUGAACCGAACUGUCAACCUGUAUCCUCUCACGAACUAUACGUUCGGCACGAAAGAGGCGCUGUAUGAACGAGACAGUUCUGUGCCGGCGCGGUUCCAACGCAUGCGGGAAGAGUUCGAGAAGAUUGGCAUGCGGCGGUCCGUCGAGGGUGUCCUGCUGGUCCACGAGCAUGGUCUCCCCCACGUAUUGCUAUUACAACUUGGAACCACAUUUUUCAAAUUACCUGGCGGAGAACUCAACAUGGGAGAAGAUGAAGUGGAGGGGCUAAAACGACUCAUGACCGAGAUCCUGGGCCGGCAAGAUGGUGUAAAGCAGGACUGGGUCAUAGAAGACACUGUUGGCAACUGGUGGCGUCCAAACUUUGAGCCCCCACAGUACCCCUAUGUUCCACCACAUAUCACAAAGCCCAAAGAACAUAAAAGGCUGUACCUUGUUCAACUUCCUGAAAAGGCGCUUUUUGCAGUCCCUAAAAACUACAAGUUGGUGGCUGCACCAUUGUUUGAGCUCUACGACAAUGCGCAAGGAUAUGGCCCCAUCAUCUCCAGCCUCCCGCAGGCUUUAAGCAGAUUCAACUUCAUCUAUUUGUGAAUAAUGAAAUCGGACGUCUCAAAGAAAUGUUUCUCUUCUGGCAUUUCACACAUCUGUCUGGCCAUAGGGAGCUCUCAUAGGGGCUUCCAUUGUCAACCAUGAGUAAGGAACGUCAUGCCCAGCACCCCUCCAGUGCGCUCACUCAUUCGCAGCCAGUUUCACCAGCCAGAGCACUUCAGCUAUUUUAUUUCGUAUUAGAAUAAAUGUGCAAAGACACU